AUGGCUAACUCACAACCGUCUCCCUUACGUAACCUAGAUCAAUCCGGAAACUACACAAGAAACAUCCCUCUCGAUCUCGUUUUAGAUAUUCUCUCGAGACUUCCAGCGAAACCCCUCCUCCGAUUCCAAGCAGUAUCGAAGCUAUGGCUCUCCAUCAUCCGCAGCAAAGAUUUCGUCGAUACGUUCCUAACUAGGUCAAAAACUCGCCCUCGUCUCCUCUUAACGUUCAAGCACUUCGAUUCACGUAAGCGUUUCAUCUUCUCGGCUCCCGAACACGAAGAUGACAAAACAUCCUCCACAGUCAUGGCCAGACACGACAUGACGUUCUCGGAUCUCGUCUACUACAUCGAAUCUCGUCCUGUGAACGGUCUGGUUUGUUGCAUACGUGGUUCAUCGAUCGCCGUUUGUAACCCCACCACUAGACAAAUCGUAACGUUACCAGAUGUUAUUGCACCUAACGGAAGAGACGUAUACGCACGUCUAGGGUACGAUCCUGUCGGAGAACAAUACAAAGUCUUGUGUGUGAUGAUGUUUGACGGUUUUGACAGCAGUACAUCCGACAAUAUACAACAAGAGCAUUUUGUUUUCACGAUGGGAUCUGGACAAAAGACGUGGAAAAAGAUUGAGACAGUAACUAAAGAUCCUUACCGCUGCAUGAAAGGGGAGGUUUGUAUCGAUGGUGUUGUAUACUAUGGAGUUGGUCACAAAAGGAUAGCUAGAUUUGAUGUUGUGUCGGAGAAGAUUGAGUUUAUUCAAGGACCUGAAGAUUAUAACGCAGUCUCAUGUUAUGCAAGACUUAUAACUUACCAAGGAAAAUUAGCUUGUUUAAGCUAUGACUUCUACGUGACAUCUGAGAUGUAUAUGUGGAUUCUCCAAGAUGCUGAGAAACAAGAAUGGUCGAGCGUUGUGACUUGUGAUGUGAAUAGUGAGUGGAGAGAUUUGUGGACUGAGGAGAGAGUUUUGUGCACUGGAGAAAUUCGUAGCAACGAGGCUAUACUGGUUUCAAGAUCCUUGAAGUCAUCUGAGCUUUUUUGUGUUUAUUAUUGCGAUAUGAUUAGUAAGCGUGUUAGAAGAGCUGAGGUUGAUGGAAUCGCGGAUGAUGAGUUUAGAGAUGUCCAUGGAAUUGGUGAGCAUGGUCGUGAGAUGUUGUGUUUCCCUGGUCACGUUGAGAAUAUUAUGUUCUUCUAA